GGCUUCCUCUCAUCAGGGAACAUUCAGCUGAACCAAACUAACGACUGUCUCUGCCUCUCCUGACAUUAAACAGGUUAGCAGUGUGUGUAACUGUAAUAGGAAGCAUUUUAAGGACGUUAAACACCUUUUUAAUAUUAUGUUGACAAGUUAAAUGUCAAAAAACGGUCACUUUGUUCAGCCGUUGAGCUAAAGUUUGCAGCUAACGGCUGCUGAGUUUUGCUAGCUUAACAGCGAAGCUAACAACGUACUGUUGUGUUAUUAUUUUGCAACGUUUAUGUGAAAUCUGUUUUUUAAGCUUGCAGCUCAAUGCUGAAAUAAACCAACAGGUUUACAACACUGAUAAGUUACAGGUGAAAUGCAUUUUGCAGUUGAGCAGCAGUAACUGAAUGUGUGAUAAUCCCUGUUAUAGUCUUCACCUGGACAAGCAGGGCGCUAAUCCAAGAGGACCAGUACAUUCUCUGAUCUCAUAAUAUGGUAAAUGGUAAAUGGACUUGUACUUAUAUAGCGCUUUUCUAGUCUUUCUGGCCUCAAAGCGCUUUUACACUACUCGUCACAUUCACCCAUUCACACCCAUUCACUCACUGAUGGUAGAGGCUGCUACAGUAAGGAACCAUCAGUGUUAGCUAAUUUCAAUCGUCCACAUUCACACACCUCUGAAUAACAGAGGGAGCAGUUCGGGGUUCAGUGUCUUGCUCAAGGACACUUUACUUCAUGUGACUGCCGAAGCUGGGAUCGAACCGCCAACCUUCCGAUUGAUAGACGACCGACUCUACCCAGCAUCUACCCGUUGAGGUGAUGUAACAUCACGUGAACAACAUAAACAUGUUAACAUCAUGUGAACAGCAUAAACAUGUAGCAUCUGCCCGCUGAGCUGAAUUUCUUGUUGGAUAACUGCAAUCACCUCCUGCAGAUCAGUGUGCUGCUUUCUUCUGAACAGCCCCAAUAUACAGCGAUGUCUUUUCAAAGUCCGGAUGCUUAUAAUUUCUAGAAUUUCCCAAUUUCGUUUUUUGUAGAUAAGCAGUUUUGGAGUUUUUCGAGUAUUAUUGUCAUUAGUUUCAUUUUAGGAUUUGUGUGAUAACACUGAUCAUGUGAUCCAGCCGCUUCAGCUCAGGGAGGAAACAGAAGCCUGACUGACUUCAGACCAGAACAUGAGUGUUCGUUUAGAGGAAGAGGAGGACAGAGCAGAGUCUCCUGGACCCAGCUGUGUGGCUCUGAAGAGUGACCGGUCCAAGGAUUUAGCUCUUCACUUGAAUAAUGAUCCUGGACCCUCAGACUCACAAUUUCAGUCCAGAAGAGGGAGAGCAGAAUCUCCUGGACCCAGCUCUCUGUCUCUGAAGAGUGACCGGUCCAAAGAUGAACCUCCAAAAUUCAGUAAUGAACCUGGACCCUCAGACUCACAACUUCAGUCCAGCAGAGGGAGAGCAGAGUGUCCUGGACCCAGCUGUCUGUCACUGAAGAGUGACCGAUCCAAAGAUGAACCUCCAAAAUUCAGUAAUGACCCUGGACCCUCAGACACACAGGGGAGGAAGAGGAGUCCUGUCUCUGUGGAGGAGCAGCCGUCCUGCUGUGCUGUGUGUCAGGACGUCCUGAAGGAUCCGGUCUCUACCAGCUGUGGACACUGGUUCUGCAGACAGUGCCUCACCUCAUACUGGGACCAGUCCGGUUCACCAGGAGACUCCUACUUCCCCCGGUAUGGAAACGGAUCCAGAUCUGGACCUGGACCUGAUACAGCCAGUCAGACCAGCCCUGCACAAAAGCCUGGUGGUCUGCAGGAGGUUUUAAAGGAACACAAGAUCAGUCUGAGGAGGAGAUGUGAACAUGUGACUGAAGGAAGUGAUGAAACAGGAAGUAGAACCCUCCUCAACAGGAUCUACACUGAGCUCUACAUCACAGAGGGACAGAGUGAAGAGGUGAAUACCCAACAUGAGGUGAGCCAACUGGAGACCGCCACCAAGAAGAAGAUCCUCCAGGACACUCCCAUCAGGUGCCAGGACAUCUUCAGAGCCUUACCUGGUCAACAGAAACCCAUCAGAGUGGUUCUGACAGUCGGCGUCGCUGGUGUUGGAAAAACCUUCUCAGUGCAGAAGUUCACUCUGGACUGGGCAGAGGGCUCGGAGAACCAAGACCUCAGUCUGGUGGUUCUGCUUUCAUUCAGGGAGCUGAACCUGAUCAGAGAUAAGCGGUACAGUCUCCUCCAGCUGCUCCAUGAUUUCCAUCCAACAUUACAGAAGGUCCCAGCAGAGACGCUGGCUGUCUGUAAACUGGUUUUCAUCUUAGACGGCCUGGACGAAAGCAGACUGUCUCUGGAUUUCAACAACACUCAGGUUGUGUCUGACGUCACACAGAGCUCAUCCAUAAACCUGCUGUUAACAAACCUCAUCCAGGGGAAUCUGCUCCCCUCAGCUCUGGUCUGGAUCACUUCUCGACCCGCAGCAGCCAAUCAGAUCCCUCCUUCACGCAUUGACAGGGUAACAGAAGUCCGAGGCUUCACUGACGCCCAGAAGGAGGAGUACUUCAGGAGGAGGUUCAGUGAUGAAGAUCUGUCCAGCAGAAUCAUCUCGCACAUCAAGACCUCCAGGAGCCUCCACAUCAUGUGCCAGAUCCCGGUCUUCUGCUGGAUCACUGCUACAGUUCUGGAGCACAUGAUGAGCACAGAGCAGAGAGGAGAGCUGCCCAAGACCCUGACUGACAUGUACGCACACUUCCUGCUGGUCCAGACCAAGAGGAACAGGAAUAAGUACGCUGAGGGUCCUGAGACCAGUCCUCAGGAGCUGAUGGAGGCUGACAGGGAAGUUCUCCUGAAGCUGGGCAGGCUGGCGUUUGAACAUCUGGAGGAAGGAAACAUCAUGUUCUACCAAGAAGACCUGGAGCGCUGUGGUCUGGAUGUCACAGAGGCCUCGGUGUACUCAGGACUCUGUACAGAGAUCUUCAAAAGGGAGUAUGUGAUUUCCCAGAAAACAGUCUACUGCUUUGUUCAUCUGAGCGUUCAGGAGUUUCUGGCUGCAGUCUACAUGAUCCACUGUUCCACAACCAGGAACACAGCGGCACUGAAGCCUUUUUUAAAUGGACAAGACAGUGAACAUAAUCCCACAAUCUGGAUCAUAACAUUAUUGCAGGCUUUGCUGUGGAACAAACUCAAAGUUUCAACUCUGGAAGACCUACUAAAAGAGGCAAUGCUAAAAUCUCUAAGCAGUAAAAAUGGCCACCUGGACCUGUUUGUCCGCUUCCUUCAUGGACUCUCUCUGGAGUCAAACCAGAGACUCUUAGGGGGCCUGCUGGGUCACACAGACAACAGUCCAGAGAUGAUCCAAAGAGUCAUCAACAACCUGAAGAAGAUGAACAGUGAUGAGAUCUCUCCUGACAGAAGCAUCAACAUCUUCCACUGUCUGAUGGAGAUGAAGGACCUCUCAGUCCAUCAGGAGAUCCAAGCGUUCUUGAAGUCAGAGAACAGAUCAGAGAAGGAACUCUCUAUGAUCCAGUGUUCUGCUCUGGCCCACAUGCUGCAGAUGUCAGAGGAGGUUCUAGAUGAGCUAAAUCUGGAGAAGUACAACACAUCAAGGGAGGGACGACAGAGACUGAUUCCAGCUGCGAGGAACUGCAGGAAGGCGAACCUUUCAGACUGUGAGCUCUCAGAGACUCAUUGUGAAGUUGUGGCCUCUGCUCUGAAGUCCAACCCCUCCCAUCUGAGAGAGCUGGACUUGAGUGGAAACAAAGAGCUGCUGGAUUCAGGAGUGGAACUUCUGUCAGCUGGACUGAAGAGUCCUCACUGCAGACUGGAGACUCUGAGAUUUAAUGUCUGCAGGUUGUCAGCGAUCAGCUGUGCUUCACUGGCCUCUGCUCUGAAGGCCAACCCCUCCCAUCUGAGAGAGCUGCAGCUGAUGGACACCAAGCUGCAGGAUUCAGGAGUGAAGCAUCUGUGUGGUUUUCUGGAGAGUCCACUCUGCAGACUGGAGACUCUGAGAUUGUCUUCCUGCAGUUUGUCAGAGAUCAGCUGUGCUUCUCUGGCCUCUGCUCUGAAGUCCAACCCCUCCCAUCUGAGAGAGCUGGACCUGAACUUCAACAAGCUGCAGGAUUCAGGAGUGGAGCUGCUGUGUGGUUUUCUGGAGAGUCCAGACUGCACACUGGAGACUCUGAGAUUGAGUUGGUGCAGUUUGUCAGAGAUCAGCUGUGCUUCUCUGGCCUCUGCUCUGAAGUCCAACCCCUCCCAUCUGAGAGAGCUGGAGCUGAGUGGAAACUACCUGCAGGACCUAGGAGAGAUGCUGCUGACUGAACUUGUGGAGAGUCCCCUCUACAGACUGGAAACUCUGAGAUGGUGGUGAUCUGUCAGAUUAGUGAUGAUCCAGAGGUUGAUGCAGCAGCAGCCUGCAUGUGGAGAGACUCUGACUCUGACGUGUUACUGGGAGGAGGAGGAAGAGGAGAGCUUCAUCCAGCAGUGACUGACUGAAUCACUGCAGGUGGACAGUGGCGGUUCUAGACCAAUUAAACUGGGGGGGCCAGGCUGGGGCCAAAGGUGUUGUCAGAGGGACACAUUCAACCCUGACAAAAGAGACUGAGAAGGGCAAGGACCGGCUGAGAACAAACUGGCAAAGCAUCAGUGCAUCCCUAUAUACUAGACAUAUAUACUACUGUGUACUAUAUCAAAAUGCAGACUGACAGCAGCUGUUUGGCUGUUCACACUCAACAUGAGUCCCUUAGUGCUCCAAGGGGCUGGAACCAAGUGCCACAUGCAUGUGUUCCGCCUGUAACAUCAGAGCGAUACAGAAGCUUUUUUUAUUGUAUAAUAUGUGUUUGGUGUGGAGGAGGGGGGGGACACGGGUGGGUCCAGGUUCAGUUCUACAGGGGCACUGGCCCCUGUUGGCCCCUCCCCAGAACCGCCACUGCAGGUGGAGGUGACUGUCAGUGCUGCAGUGUGAGCUCUGAGAUCAGCUCCAAUCGCGGCUUGUUACAGGUCGCUUCUAGUCUUGAACUGUUUUCUUUGAGAAGUGAAAGGCAGAUUCACAUGACUGUAUAGAUCGAGUAAAGACGAGUCACCCAUGCCUCAAACUCAUCUCUGUACGAGGAUCCAACAACUCCAAGUUAUUUAUGACAGGUUUGAAUUUCUACAACAUGAAACAUUCCUGAAGAGUAAAACAGUCAGCUUACUGAAAAUAGUCUUACAGGUGGAGUUAAGGUAUUGUAAAAUUAUACUCCUAACUGUGUUGAUGAAACAGCUCUGUUGUUUCUGGAGUCUACAUCAGAGGGUGGACUUUGUUCAGUCGUUUGUCUCCUUGACAUCCGGACAAACUCCCAUGACACCGUGAGAAGUUUGAUUAACUUUGAUACUGUUGUGCUUUUGAAAUAAAAGUGAAGUUAUUUAAUA